AAAUGAUUGCCGACUCUCUGCUCAUUGACAGCGCUAUGCUGCGUGUUGAUAAAAAUCGUUUGUAUUAUUCACAGGUUGUGGCGUGAACCGGAAAAUUAUGGCGACCGAUAUAGCCACCUUGCUCUAAUGGCAGCCAGUGCGCGAUAAGAUAUUAUCGUUAUCACUGACGGUCUGCGAUUGCGUAACACGUGUGUUUUGUUGCGUGUGUACGCGAGUAUUCGUCGCAGUUGCGUGGCAGUUGCGAAAAUCAUAGGAAAAUAUGAUGAGCUAGCGGAGAUAAGAGAAAUAAAAUGAUAACAGUCGACAAGAUGUUUCGAAUUAAAUUUUUAAUAUAGUCACAACUGAAGAGAUCUGAGAUUCAUCCAAUUCUCCUGAUUUAUUUCGCUCUCUCUCUCUCUCUCGAGCCUCUUACUAUUUGCACACUACCGAGUAGUAAGAACUGGAUCAAAGGGAUGUUCCUGAAUGGAUCAAAUAUUCAUCUCGUUAGCGGGCCUCCCCUCGGAAAGAGAUAGUUUUAAUGUCUCGAGAGAACGGUGAGUAAGUUACCGUAAAAAGAAGCUAGGAGGAACAAGCAGCCGGCGAGCCGAAGAUGCCGCUUCCGAAGCGAUUGGUGGAGCCCGUGCAUGUGGCACGCGGCACCAUUCCUGAGGACUUCCCGCUGCCAUCGGAACUUGAGGCAGCCACUAAUGGCACCCUGGCCAAUACUAUCAGGCAACUGUCCAGUCUAUCGAGGCAUGCCGAAGAUCUAUUCGGCGAGCUAGCGAGGGAAGCGCAUGGAUUGAGCGAUCGAGCAAAUUCCCUACAGGCUAGAAUAGAUCGUUUAGCCGUCAAGGUCACCCAGUUGGAUAGUAACGUUGAAGAAGUCUCGUUGCAAGAUAUACACAUGAGGAAAGCCUUCAAGAGCUCUGUGGUAUUCGACCAACAAGUUGUCUCUAGAGACACCAUGCCAACGGCGAUGCUGGAAACGUAUCACCAAUGCGACACGCCACCACCCUUGGAUAAGCUUAAUAUUUAUAGGGAGGAUGGCAAGGAUGGUUUAAAGUUUUAUACUGACCCGAAUUACUUUUUCGAUCUGUGGAGUCAGGAAAUGCUCAAAGACACAGAGAAGAAACUACACGAUCGAGGGAAGAAGAGCGAGUCUGAAUAUGCCGAACCGUUCAGAGAGCCGCACAGGCCUCGGAAUGAGGGUGGCGGCGGAGGUGGAGGCAGACACAAGAAGCGCGUAAGGCAGCCGCACAACACGAGGGAACGGCAACGGCAAUUGGCCGUUGGCCAUGGCGAAUAUAUCAUGCCGACACAAGCGGUACAGUAUAGAGCGCCGCACAAUGUGCAGCCUGAUGAUGCUCUACUAGGAAUGAUGACGGAUCCCAGGCCACCCAGGCCCAACAGCAUCGAACUGCGAAGAAGCUACCCUUCAGAAGAGCAGAAUCUUUAUAGCCCGCCGUCUUCCGAUCAUUACAGGACAACAAACUAUAUGACUCAAGGAUAUGAUGAAAAUCCGUACUAUGCCUCGGGUCAGGCACCAGUCGGCAGCGAAACGUAUCAAAGCCCUGGCGGUCAGAGCACUCCGAGUCGAGGCGGUAGGUCACGGCCAUCGCAGCCACCACCGGCACCGCCGAGUAAUGCUUCCAGCAACUCCACGCCCACGGUGGCAUCUGCCAACAAUACUCCCACUAGGGGAAGAUCCAUGAGCACCGGCAGGGACACUCUGCCACCGCCACCCCCGCCACCAGGAGAAACUAUGUCUCCUCCUUCCAUGAAUGGUUCCAUACCGCCGCAUCUACUAAAUAGAAGUGGAAGUCGGUCGGACAGUCCUUUGCCAAGCCAACGUUCGACGCCGACACCGCCAAAUCAUUCAGGCCAGUUGGGCGCGGACGAAACAGAUCCAGCACCUCAAGACCUUCCACCACCCCCGCCCACCCCAGAUCCUACUCCACCGAGACCUAUUUCACCUCCAUGCAACAUCCCACCACCUCCACCGCCACCGCUCCCUCCACCAGUCGCCAACGGACCCACAGCGCCGUUGCCAUUAACGAACGGCGACAUCGCAAAGAUGAUCGCAACCAAUCCGCCGAAGUUGAAGCCCUUGAAGAGCAUUGUAGACGGCCAGUUAAGGAAGCCUGUCAAUCCGAAUAUUCCACUGGUCGAUCCACGAAACGACUUACUCAAGGCGAUUCGUGACGGUAUAAAGCUGCGUAAAGUAGAAAAGAUCGAGCAAAAAGAAGUGGAGCGCGUAAACGCACUUAAUGAUGUCGCAUCCAUUUUGGCACGUCGUGUUGCCGUUGAGUUCAGCGACAGUGACUCGGCAUCGGAAAGCGAAUGCGACAGCGAAGGUUGGGGCGAACAGGAGAGCAAUCUGGCGUGACCCAACUCUCUAUCAUCUACCGCCGUCACUGCCUCCUAGGGAAACGGCUGAUGAUUAACUCGUUUUGAUGCUCGAAUGCCAUCCUAAUGUUUCCUGGCGCUGUAACGAGUCGAUUUGUUUCGUUUCUCGUUUCGUAUCUCCAUGACUGAUAUCUCACUUCCGAGGGACUGCAAAAUAUUCAUGUAUUUUAAAUGUUGUCUAUUCCGAAUUUUCAGGACUAAAUCAAAAUAAGUUCUAAAUCAUAAAAACAUAACUUUGCAUGAGAGAUCCUCUUUACAGAGAUUAUUUGUCAUGGAGAAUACGUCGCAAGGUAGGAUCUUAAUUUAUUAUCGUUCGUCGACAAACAAAGACAAUAUAUUUAAUUGAAAUAAUUGUUUGCUCCUUUCAUCGCGUUAUCAAUAUAAGAAAAAA